AUGCUCGUCGGGCCCAAGGUGCAGCGGGCGCACCCGCAGAGGGAGCUGGCGCGGCUGGCCGAAGCCAUGGGGUGCCCUGUCGUGCUGCAGCCGGCUGCCAAGGGCUGCUUCCCCGAGGACCACUCCCAGUUCGCCGGCGUCUUCUGGGGCCAGGUCAGCACCCUCGCCGCCGAUGCCAUUGUCAACUGGGCCGAUCAGACUCAGGCGCUCCUCUCUGCCACGACGACCGUCUUUGUCGACACGGGCGACUCGUGGUUCAAUGGCAGCCAACUGCGCCUGCCGCGCGGCCCCGAGUUUGAGAUUGAGAUGCAAUGGGGCCAUAUUGGAUGGUCAAUCCCUGCUUCGUUUGGAUACGCCCUUAGCAAGCCGCAUAAGAGAACCAUCGUCCUUAUAGGUGACGGGGCCUUCUAG